AUGGUGGUUCUGAAGCAGUGCCCACGCCCUCCGGAUCUGCCAGACGCAGAAGGGAAGCUGCUGCCACCUUCUAGGAAUCAGCAGCUGGCCGAUGAAGCCGUCUUGAACGAUGCCCGCAAGGAGACGGAUGACAAGACUCAGGUGGCCAAGCGAGAUGCCAUCACCAAGGUCCUCUUCAAAGGUUGCGAGCCAGAGGAGGUGCAGCACUUGAAGGCCUUAGUGGAGCUGGUCCGGGCCUUCCGCCCGGCCGGGCGCCUCGGGAGGGAGAAGUACGUGCUGGAUGACGAGUUUGAGCUGGACAGCAAGGGCGCCAGAAGUCCCAAAAGCCCGCAAAGCCCGCAGAGCCCGAAGGGGCGGAAGAAGAGUACCCGCAAGGUGGUGGGUAUGGCAGUGCUGGCGAAUUGGUGCGCCCACAAGGGAUAUCCUCGAGUCAAGGAAGAGGAGGAGGAGAAAGUCGAGGAGAGGCCUCGGACGUUGUGGGAUGAGGCAUUGGCCGUGAGGGCUCACCCGGAGAGCUUGUGGGCAGCCAACAACGAGCAGGCACUAGUGGAGUGCAUGUCGGCGGACGAACCGGAUGUGGAACUGGUGAAGCAGCUCUUGACCAAGCCCAAGGUGAACGUCGACGCCAAGGAGGACACCUUCGGCUUUACCCCCACGCACUUUGCCGCCAGGUUGGGGAACGUCCGUUUCACAAGCCUUGAACCAUCUCGCUCGCUUUCUGGCCAGCACCAAAUCGGCGCGCUCAUACUGGACCGAAAUCCAGACUUUGUGCCGGACAAGAUGGGGAACGCGCCGUUGCACCUUGCGGCUAAAGGAGGCUUCAACGAGUUUGUGAAGUUGCUGUUGCCCAGAAGGGCUGCCCUGGACGGCAAGAACAAGAAUGGUUGGACCCCAUUGACUUGGGCUUGCUCCGGUGGGCAUGCGGCGGUGGCCACGACAUUAAUCGCAGCCAAAGCAGCUGUGGCGAUGCAAGAUGUGGAUGGCCGCACGGAGGCCAUGUGGGCUGCAAAGCACGGCCACUCAGAAGCGCUGGCAGUUCUGCUGGACAAAGGGUUCGACCUGAACCUCAGUGACAAGUUCGGUAUGGCCGUGGCAGAUCACGCGCAGGACCACCUGGAGCUUCGCAUGACACUCCUGGAGGCGGAGCAGAGGAACCAGGCGCUGCUGUCCGCUGCGCAGCGCGGGAACAAAGAGGAUCUCAUGCAGGCCCUGCAAGAUGGAGCCUAUGUCGAUGCAAAGGAUGAGCAUGGCUGGACUGCGCUCGUAUGGUCCAUGAUGGGCUGCUGCGUGGACCUGGUCAUCGUCCUUGCGCAGCACAGCGCCGAUCCCAACGUGCUGAACGAGUGCUCGGAGGUGCUGGACCACUUGCACCUGCAGGGGGACCAGGUUCGGCGGGCCUUGGAAGCGGCCUUGGCAGGAGGCCUCGGGGCUGGGGAGCGCCUGCUCACCGCUGCCCGGAACAACAACUUCCAGGUUGUGAAGGCGGAGCUGGAUGUGGGAGCUCAGGUCAAUAGCCAGACGGUGGAGCAACUCUUUACCAGCCUCAUUUUUGCGGCAGCUCAUUGCAACUACCAGGGCGCAGUGAUGCUCAUCAACCGCAAGGCCAAUGUUCAUCUCACAGAUCUCACAGGCUGGGCGGCCAUGCACUACGCCGUGCAGUCCGGCAGCUUGGAGAUGGUGUCCAUGCUCUGCAACAACAAGGCGAACCUGGCCCAAGCCACCUUUGAUGGGACCACCACCGUGCAUCUGGCCGCGCGGGGGGGGCUGGGGUCCAUGGUCCAGCUGCUCUAUGCGGGGAAGUGCGAGCUGAACAAGGCCAACGCCAAAGGCGUGUACCCCACCCAAGAGGCGGCCAGGUGGGGCUGUGCGGAGGCGCUGCAGGUGCUGAUCUGCUACCGCGCAAGCGUCACAGUGAAAGAUAACAAGGGCCGGUCUUUGCUGGCGCUGGCUGUGGCGGCGGGACGCAACGAAGUGGUCAAUGCGUUGCUUCGGCCUUUACCUGUGCCCGUUCCUGUUGUGCCUCCGGAGUCGGAGAAGGCCAUCGUCACGGAGAAGGGAUUCGCCACGCACGAGAACAAGGAGCUCAUGGCCAAAGCCGUGCUGAUGCGGCGGAGCUACAUGCAGGUCCUGGCCGAGCGGGAGAGCCGCGAGCGGAAGAAGCGGGAGGAUGCCCUGAAGGCAGAGAGGGAGGCUGCGGAGAAGGCAGCACUCCAGGCCCAGCUGGAUGCGGCGGUGCGGGAGGACCUAGAGAAGAAGGCCUCCAGGAAGGCGAAGCCCGGGCGCGGCAAGGCCGCGGCCAAGGCGGCAGCGCCCGCGCCGCCGCCUCCGCCGCCGCCGCCGCCGGAGCCGGUGGUUGAGGUGAAGCUGGCGCCCAAAGUGGUGCCGAAGGAGCUCCCGGCGGCGGGGGGCCCGGCGCGGUUCACGGAGCCGGACGCGCGCGGGAGGCUGGCGCUGCACCUGGGAGCGCUGUCCAAGCGCCUGGAUACGGUGACGCUUUUGCUGGAGCUGCGGGCCGACGUGAACGCGCUGGAUACAGAGGGCAAUACCCCACUCAUGCUGGUCGCCAGGACGGAGGACCGGUGGAUGGUGGAGGUGCUCCUAAGCUUCGGCGCGGAUGUGUCGGUGGUGAACGCGGACGGGGAGACCUGCUUCAGCCGCGCCAGCCAGCACAUGCAGGACUACAUCCACAAGUGGGUGCAGCAGAAGCGGUUCCGCGGCAUUGUGGAGUUCCCGCUGCCCCCCAGCCCUUUGCAGGCCUUGUACCGGGUGCGGGUGGAGGCCAUCCCCAUGCUGAUGGACCACGCGGAGCUGGAGCGCCAGGUGCUCGCCUUCUUCGCCAAGCUUCAGUACGAGAAGCCACUGCGCGUAAUCGUACCCGCCAACCCGAUCCACGGCUGGCCCAUGGGCUUCUGCUACGCCGACUACGCCGAGAAGCAGCAGGCCUCGGAGGUCUGUAAGGUGGCGAAGGUCGAGGGCAUCUUCAUGAAUCGGAGGAGGCUGAACUUCAUCAACCAAGGUGCGCAUUACCAGUACAAGGACUCGUCGGAGAAUGACGCGGCCAAGGAAGCGACACAAGAUGCUUGAAUGGCCCAAGCCAGAAAAGAUCUCCUUGCGAAGCAACGGAUCUUGCCAUUGCAACAGUUUUAGUGGAGUCGCUGAAGUGAUUCAGAAUUCACUGCAACGGUCGGUAGGUGGAAUUUGCCAUGCGCGAAAAAAA